AUGCAUCCGCCUUCGUCACCGUCGUCUAUGCAAGAAGUGGUAUCGUCGACGUCAGGACAACAGCAACAACUCCAGAAUCAGCAUUCGCUCAUGCAACGUCUUUUGAUGGGUGGUGGCAGUACGACAGCACAACCGUCGAGUGCAGCACGGAACGGUAUUGAAGAUAUCGCUGCAAGGCUCCACAAACAAAACGGCAACGCUGCUGCAUCGACUAACUCCACCGGGAAUGGCUAUUUCUCGACGGAUCUCACUGCAUCAUGGGGCGAUCAGUUGAGCAUCUCCAACAACACGCCCAUGAUGCACUUGACCUGCCUGGAAUGUGGCAUUAACAAGAACAACAGUGAAGAUAUGGAGGUGCAUUUGAAGCGUGAACACUUGAACUGGCUGCCGUUUCAAUGCCCGAUAUGUCUCUCGGAGAGAGCAUCUGAUGCUGAAAUGAGGGAACAUCUGCAUUCUUCACAUCGGAAAAACAUGAAUAAGAAGUUGCCAUCGCUUGAACGGGCUCAUACGUCUCCCGUCGAAGUGCCUGUAAAUAGUGGUAGCGGAAGUGGUUCACGAAAGAGGCCUCUCGAUGACUCAUUAUCUACUGGUAACACCAAUACGGAUGCACUUCUUGCAAGUAUCAGUCGAGCAACGAGUUCUGGAGUUGUAGAGGGAGAAAUUACGGAGGAUCUCGAAUUAAUCCCAAUGUUCAACAGUAAAAGAAUCAAAUCCGAAUUCGAAGCCGACCACGAUCAAGAUGAUGGUUCAAUGAUUGAUGACAGUAUUCUGGACAACUUGAAUCCUAUAUAUUUUACAUUCCGUUUUCGAUGUCUCUUCGAGGGUUGCACUGUAGAGCAUUACCGCAAAGAUCAAAUGGAAAAUCAUCAGUCAAAGAUCCACGGGAAAAUAGAUCCGGACAUGAUGGAGGAUCGUUCUCUCGAGCUCUUCCAUCGGUGUCAGGAAUUAUCUAUGGAACUGCUUGGUACAAAAAAUGGUAGUACGCCUGGUCCUACAGCAGCGAAAGCCGAAGCGGCUUACAAUGCUCAAAUUGCAGCUCAGAAGGAAAAGAAUAACAAAACUGCUACAGCGCCGGCGCCGAAACCUCCUCCGAUCACCGCAGUUGUCCCAAGAGCAGUCCCGGACGAGGAGCACCCAUUAGAGUGUCGCCUUUGUCACAAAACUAUGCAAAAUAGGAUACGAGGCUUUCAUAUUCUCUGGCAUAUGGCCAAAGACAUGGGAAUCAAUCGAUACAUUUGUCGAGUUUGUGGGUUUGGGCACGACCGAUCGCAAUCUGUGCAGGUACACGGAAAGAAAGAACAUGGAACUGAGGAGGUGGUGCAAGACCGCAUUGGGAAUCCUAUUCAUAUUGCUAAAAAGGUUCAGGAAUAUUCUGACGAAGUGAAACAAAUGUCCGAAAAGUGCUUCGGUUUCCAAGCGCUUUUCGCACAGGAGCACAAACGCAGAAGUAAGAUCCCGUCAGCGACACCAUCGAAAUCGAAGAAAUCGUCAGACGAUGACGAUACUAUUGAUGAUUUGACGUUAGAUAUUGAUCACGACAUGCAGGGUGAGCUUGAUGAUGCUGAUGUCACACCUGAUGAGGGAAAAUUUCUUCUCUUCCAGGGUCACCAGUCUCGCGAAAUUGUCAUGCGGCACAUUCGUGAAUUGCACGAUUCUGAAGAUCGACCUGUCGAUAACCGACUAAAACACGCGAAAGAUAUCAAGGCAAUGAUUCGUGAAUGCUAUCCUGCGUAUUUCGUCGAUGCACCGAUUCCAACGCAGCAGGAUAUUGAGAAAUUGUGA